AUGGAUAAUCUUCCAAGUUACGAAUUGACUCCUGGUAUGCCGGUAUUAUCCUCAAGGCAAAAGCGUAUGUUGAAAGCGUACGAGGUAGCGCAUUGUAUUGGUUUGGUAGAUGAAAUGUAUCGCAUGGCAGAAGAGGACCUUCUGACAGAAAAAUUUCCUGUCAGACAAAGUAUGACAUUGAUGUUAGAAGACAGCGAUGGUGAAAUGGAAAUGCUCAAACUCUUAUACACAAUUCACGAGAGAGUUCUGGUAGCCAUAAUCAAAGGUACAAUUGGGCAUGAAUUGGUAUCUACAAGGGGAAAAGAAAACGACCUGCGAAAGUGUUUGCUCCCGAUCAAUGCGCAAGCUGGUACCUACUUGAUUACCUUUCUCAAGAAGGAUUCCGACAAGUAUUUGUCCAUUUCUCAAUUGGUAAAAGUUACUCAGCAUUUAAAGAAUUACCUGAGUUUUCACGAAAAUCCAUUGGGGGAUGAUCCGACGCCGGAAAGACUGUUGCAGUACGAAGAUGCUGUCAAAAUCGAAGCUCUUUUGUGUCCUGGGUAUGAGCUAUCACACAUACAAGACAGUGUCAAGGCUGCAUGUCUCGAGCAUGCUGGUAUCGAAUUUGAUAGAAUUGAGAUGGCGAUAUUGAAAGUUUGGGAACAAUCUCAAUUUAGACUUGGUGAAGCAUUAGUCACCAUGCUGGCUGGAUCUCUGGUAUGGGAAGGUGGACUCAAUGCCGUACAAGCAGGUGGUCAACCGCUCGAUAUGGGCGAUGUGCGAAGCCUGGACGUUUGCGAGGAGUUAUUUUUCAAGACAGAUUGGACAAUACCAAACUUUGAAAAGUGUCGAGAAAUGUUUGAAACUUAUCAACGACGGGUACAAAGGGUAGCAGAUUUUGAUCCGACUGAGCGGUUGGGUGAAUUGCGAGAGAUGGUAAAAGGUGUAGGUGAAGAUAUCGAGAAUCUUGAUAGAGAUCUCGAUCAAAUUAGUGAGAUGACGAAGGAAAAGAUUAAAAUGGGGGAAGCUGUCCUUAAGCAAUUGGAUGAGGAUAAGGUGGAAAUGCAAAGACAAAUUGAUGGGUAUAAUUUGGAAAUAGAAUUUGCGAAAAUGUAUCUGGAAUGGGUCAGGGAUGUGAAUUCGGGUAAUGCAUAG